GCCUCCAUGACGGUGCCGGUGUAUAUUGCGGAGUCGUCUCCCCCUCACCUGCGUGGUCAGCUGGUGACCGUGAACACGCUCUUCAUCACUGCCGGGCAGCUCGUGGCCAGUCUGAUGGGAGGAGCUUUCAGCUACCUGCACCGCGGCGGCUGGAGGUACAUGCUGGGUCUGUCGGUGGUUCCGGCGGUGCUGCAGUUCCUGGGUUUCCUGUUCCUGCCCGAGAGCCCGCGCUGGCUCAUCCAGAAGGGUCUGACCCAGAAGGCCCGGCGCGUGCUCAGCCAGAUCCGCGGGAACCAGAACAUCGACGAGGAGUACGACAGCAUCAAGACCAGCAUCGAGGAGGAGGAGAAGGACUGUGGAGGAGAGGGUCCAGUGAUCUGGAGGAUGUUGUCCUACCCCCCUACCCGACGGGCGCUCAUCGUGGGUUGCGGCCUUCAAAUGUUCCAGCAGCUCGCGGGCAUCAAUACAGUCAUGUACUACAGCGCCACCAUCCUGCAGAUGUCGGGAGUGCGGGACGAUAAGCUGGCCAUCUGGCUGGUGACGGUCACCGCAUUCUCAAACUUCCUCUUCACGCUGCUCGGCGUGUGGUUGGUGGAGAGGGUGGGCCGACGCAGACUCACGCUGGGGAGCAUCAUAGGUACGGGUCUGAGUCUGUGUCUGCUAGCCGUGGGCUUCUUGCUGUCUGCCCAGCACAGCCCUGCAGUCACGCUGCACCCCACUGGCCCCACGACGCUCAACUCCACCUGCGCAGCACACCUGUCCUGUGAGCCCUGCAUGCUGGACCCCAGGUGUGGGUUCUGUUACCGUGAGAACGGGUCAGCGGUGUUCUCUUCCUCCUGUGAGCCGGUCAAUGGAGCGUCCACUGAGAGAGCAGCGUGGGGCAGGUGCUCCAACGUGACGGUGCUGAAGGAACACACCUACUGGGCCUAUAACUUCUGCCCCACGUCCUACUCAUGGCUGGUGCUGUUAGGGCUGGUGCUCUACCUGGCCUCCUUUGCUCCAGGGAUGGGUCCGAUGCCGUGGACGGUGAACUCCGAGAUCUACCCGCUGUGGGCCAGAAGCACAGGCAACGCCUGCUCAGCCGGUACCAACUGGACCUUCAACGUCCUGGUGUCCCUCACGUUCCUGCACAUGGCACAAUACCUGACCUACUAUGGAGCAUUCUUCUUGUACUCAAGCUUUGCUUUGCUGGGGUUCCUGUUUAUUUACGGCUGUUUGCCCGAGACCAAGGGGCGGAGGUUGGAGGAAGUGGAGUCUCUGUUCGAGAACCAGCUGUGCUCCUGUGGCGUCACCGACUCUGACGAGGGUCGGCAGGUGGAGUACAUCCGGGUCAAAGGUAGCAAUUACCACCUGUCUGACAACGACGCCUCCGACGUGGAAUAGACUGGCUAAGAAUGACUACAGAAGCCUGCCAACACAUACACACACACACACACAAACACACACACACACUGGCCAACACAGUCACGUGCACACACAUACAGUACACACACACUAUACUGUCUUUGGUCCUUAAACCCUGGACCAUGUCGUAGGAGUGAAGUGGGGGGUGAUUGGCUGCUCUACACCUGCAUGAUGGGUGGGCUGCCCCUAUCAGCCCAAUCAGGUUCUGUCUUAGUCAUGACAUCACCACUAGAGUCAGAGGAGACCGUGAAGGAGGAAGGGUAAUUCUGUUUAAAAGCCAGACGUCAGCGUAGUACAAAGCUAUCCGUGUCUUAACGAACAGUGUCUCCAUUUUGAGUUCUCACACGUGCUCCUGCCACACUCGACAGCUGUGUUAGUACUGUGGUGACUGUUGCUGUGACUGUAUUGUAACAUGUAGACCGGACCAGCUUACAAACACCAACUUGCAUACCCCAGGGUGCUGGACACACACCUGCUGCCUCCUACAGGCUGCUUAUUCGGUUCGGGUCUUAUUCGGUUCGGGCCCAAGCUGAGCCUGAAUUCUACCCAGAGCUCUUCAUGGCCAGGUGUUUCUUUAGCAAACAGCAUAUGAUACAUGACUACCAGGUCAUUCAUAUUAUCCAAACAAGAGUACCUCAGGUACAGUAAAAUGGACAGGGAGUAUUCAAAUCAACGUAUAGUGCCCAAACCAGAUUGCCUUUGUCUAAUGAGAACUUCCUCAGAAACAGAAGCAUUUGACCAUGGUUGUAUUGCCUCAGGAGGGCCAAUGGCUCUCCAGUGCCAUUCGGCUUUGUGUUGGCCACAUAACAUUAUACUCGUUAUAUAGACGUUACCUCUGCACACCUGUAUCAGGUUUGUAGGAUCAAAACAAUCGAUAUAGAUACACUACAUAAUAUAUGAGAUCUUGUUUUCCCCUCUAAACUCUUGAACUGCGCUGUAAAUAAUGAACCUGUAUUCAGUGGUUUUACUCAACAGAUUUUAUUUCCGUUGUUAAAGAAUCAACCUAGCUAGAGGCUAUUUAGCUAAUGCUAAAUGCGAUUUAUUUGGUCUUAAAGGGAAACUCUGCUGUAACAACAACCUAGAAAGUCUGUACAAGUCGACUACCGAACUCUUCUCCUUUUGCGUCCGUUGACAGUAGCUUGUGCCACAUUCAGUAAUCGACAUACAGAUGUUCUCCACACAAAAUGACAGCAAGCGCAAGGUAAUGCACCGACUGCACAAACAUUUGUUUUUUAUGCUCUUUCUUUACGCUUAAAAAGGUAAAAAUAUGUCAGUUUGUCUCCACUGUAGCAUACUUAGCAUGAACCUAUUGCCUCCAUAGUAGCAUCGAUAGCAUGAUUUGGUUAAUGGCUUUAAAAAGCCAUUUACUUUUGUAAAUUUGCUAAAUUUGCCACCAAAGGCUAUGCUAUAUGCUAUUCAGUUGUUACUGCAUAUUCCAGUCUUACUCAAAAUUCCACCGAUUGAUGUUGUUUAGAUCCCAAAUGAAAAUGUACACACAUCAUCAUCCAGGAAUAGGUUGUUGUUAGACAGGAGUUUACAGUAUCUUAAAUGGCCAUUUGUUUUCUAUCUAUUUAUUUUUUCUUUAUGCCGAAUUUAAUUUCUUGUCUUCCUUCAUGGCCCUUAGUACAAAAGGCAGAGUAUAUCUGUUUGUGAACAUGACUAAGUGAGAGUAUUUGUUUUUGAAAUUACAAAGAGAACCAUUCUCUGCAGUGUUCUGUUUUAGAUAUUGUAGUUGUGAGUGAGUUUAUUUCUCUCUCUGGUAGUCAAGCACACAGAUGUCUGUGACUAGCUGACCUGGAAAGUGGUUGUCAUAUCAUUGCUGAAGUUAAACUUGUGUAUUAUGGGUAACGUUAAAUUAAAGCGGAAUUGUAGCUAUUGUAGAGGUACAAAAUGACAAUAGCGCCAUGCUCUCACUCUGACCACUAGCUACUGGUUACACCGCUAACUGACUGAUCCGAUUGUGAUCCGCAUAGAAUUUUAUUCAAUGAAGCAGAUAGUAUUGAAUAGUAUGUUUGGUCAUCUGUGGUCCAUGAAGCAGAGCACAUUAUCCAUAAAACUUGCACUGUGUUUCAAAGUAAAUAGAGGAACUCAAUCAGGGUGUUUAGCGACUAAAACGCAACAAACACAAUUCAGUUAGCCUCUACGUGUCUGCUUGCUAUUUUUUUCCCUUGAGUGCUGCACAGACCUUGUCUCUAAGACAAGCACACUUUACAUAGUAUAUUGUGUGACGUUACUCAUGUGUUUUUAAGUGCACAGGUUAAAGUUUUAGAGGAGGCACACGUCUCAGACAGACUACAUUUCCUCCUGUCGAGGUUAAUUUUUAGAUAACGUGAUUGUAGAUCUAUAGAAGAUCUAGAUAAUCUGAUUGUCGAUCUGUAGAAUUACAUCAUGAGCUGUACAUGUGGCUCCAAGAGAGCCACUAGUGUUUAUUAAUGUGAUAAAUUCAAAUUUCACAUUGCACUUUGGUGUAGACCAAUAACAUUCAUGCACAUCACACACACUAAGUCCACAGGUAUAUUGAUGAAUUUUGUUUCCAUUUUCAGAAAGGGAGAACAUCCAUGUUGUUUUUUUGAUUUACACAGUUUAAAAUGUAGUGUUUCUACUGUACAUUCAAAACUUGUGAUGACCCAUUCGCCUCCAGUGCUGUACAGUACAUUUCAAUAGUGUUGCUGUAAAUGUUUUGCUAGAAAUUUAUAUUCUAUAAAACUAAAUUAAAUAUAUUAAUGACAAUUUCAAAAACUUGAAUCUGUACCAGGAAAAAAAAAGAAUAAAAAAAAAAUAUCAAACGUG